GCCAAUAGGCGCUAAGCGAGGCGGGGGUGCCCGCCUCGCUGCUAAAAGAGGGACUAAAGCAAAGGGCCUAGUUGUAGUGAAUCACCUUUUGUGCAAUGGCAGGAGAAUCAAAACCUACAAGUAAUCCUUUGGAACAAUUCAUUUUGUUGUCCAGAAAUGCAAAAGGCCCAGCAUUAACUACCCUUAUUAGCCAAGUAUUAGAGGCUCCAGGAGUUUUUGUUUUUGGUGAACUUUUGGAAACACCUAAUAUACAGGAGCUGGCUAAUGGAUCACAUGCUGCCUACUUCCAAUUAUUGAACCUGUUUGCAUAUGGAACAUACUCUGACUAUUUAGCAAAUAAGGGAAGUCUACCCGAAUUAACAUUAGCUCAGAAGAACAAGCUGAAACACCUCACCAUAGUAAGCUUGGCGGCAAGAAUGAAGUGCAUUCCAUAUUCCAUGCUCCUGAAAGACCUUGAUAUAAAAAACCUCAGAGAAUUGGAAGACCUGAUUAUUGAAGCAAUUUAUACUGAUAUAAUACAAGGCAAACUUGAUCAGCGAAAUCAGCUUCUUGAAGUUGACUUUUGCAUUGGCCGAGAUCUCCAAAAGCAAGACAUCAGCAGCAUUGUAAAAACUCUCCAGGAAUGGUGUGAUUGCUGUCAAGCGGUUCUCCUGGGCAUUGAGCAACAAGUGCUCCGUGUAAAUCAGUAUAAAGAAGGCCACACAAAAACACAACAGCAAGUAGAAACUGAGGUGGCGAACAUAAAGAAGACAUUGAAGGCAACAGCAUCUACCUCAACCCAAGAUCCUGAUCAACAUCCGAUGGAUCGUGACACUCCACAGCUUGUUGAACAGCGUCCAUCUACAAAAAAAUUGUCAAAAUCUAAAAGUUUAUCAUCUAGCCGUCAUUAGAAGAAUAAGUUGGCAGAAUUAUUCCAGUGCUUAAUAGGGAAGCUGGAACUGAGAAGAAAUGGAAACAAUGAAUCGCGCAAUGGUUCUCCUAAAUGGCACAUGGAAAAGAAGUGUGAACAAUUUUCCUUGUGCAUUUGCAAUUUUUUUUGUAAUACAGAUUUUAUAAUGGAAAGCUAACUACUGAAUCAUCCUUUCCCACUAAAAGGUACCGGUUGCAAACUGACUUCUAAAGUAAUAAAAGAUUUUUGUAUUGCAUAUGUUCAUAUUUGUUCACUAUUCCCUGCAGUGGCUGAUUUUAAUAUGUUGGUGCAGAAUAACUUCUGUGGUAGAAUGAAGUCACUUUAGAAGUAGCUAUCUUUUUUUAUUAGCAUUCUUCAGAAUAAGCUAAUGACUUGUGUUGCACGUAACACAUUUAAAAUACGUUGCUCCACAAAUCUGGUGUUCACUAAUCUCACUGAUCUUAAGAAGAGCCAGUGGAUUUGAAAUAUAAUUGCUCAAGAAUGUAUAAAGAAAUGAAAUACAGUACUGGGUUGUUAGAUGCAAUUAUUAGUUUAUUUCUCAUUAAAUUUUUUUUAACAUCCUGGAAUUCCAUUUGAAAAUGCCAUUUCAAAACAUAAGUUGAUCAAUGCAUAACUUUAUGCAUCGAUAAUCUUAUCGUUAAAUAUGACUAUAUUUAUCCACGGAAAAGCCAAAGCUCAUCUCCUAAAGCUAAUGUGAUGUUUGAGACAGCAGUCUAGAAAUUAACGUGCAAACCACCGUUUCUGGCAGCAUUACUUUAGGGUUUAUGCCACUUGGUAGAUGAGGAUUGAAUCACCUCAAAAGAUGAGGGCAGUACAAAGAUGAAACUAGUAUGUUCCCUGCGAGUGCUAAAGUAACUUGUACUGGUACAAUCCUGAUGCUACUAUCAUAUCAGUUACUGUGACACUGGAUUCAAAACCUCACUUAUGGAAGUCCAACAUACAAAUCUAUAUGUCAUACAUCAAAAUGCAGCUAUAAGAUAGAACUUGAAUCAGUGCAAUUAAAAGGUUGCUAUACACCUUGCAUCUGAUGUGAUUUUUAGUAAUGAUUGCUUGUGCAAAGGUUGUUGAUGCUCUAUGUUGGUUUCCUGAGGUCUUUAAUGCCACUUCAAUCUUCCAUUAGCACCAGGGAAUGGGAUAAUAAAAUCAGAGAAACCAAUUUUUUCAAGGACAGCAGGAAGUGAAUAGAGAGAAGAACCAAUGAAAUAAAGUGUAGUCACUGAUGUAAAAUCUAAAAUGCAGCUAAUGUUAGCUCAAACUGCUGCAAAUAGUGAUGUGAUAAUGUCCAAAUAAACUUUCUUGAUUUGAGUGAGAAAAAUUGGUCAGGGCUAACUGCUGUGUUUCCUACAUGAAUGACUAUAAAAUGCCACAUUGGCUUUAAAACUCUCAAGUUGUGCAGCAAUUUGAAAAGCAGUAUAUGCAUCAAAGUUAUUCUUCUAUUUUCAUUCACUUGAAAGCAUGUAUAUCCUAAAAGCACUAUACAGUGCCUACGUUGCAAGGACUGCUGCAGUUCAAGGAGACAGCAAUUGGAAUGGACCACAGGUAGUUAUUUGGCAAGGAAAUGUUUUCAAAUCUAUUUUGUGUCAAUGUUAAAGUUUAAGAUUGAUUUAAUUAAUAUUCCUCCAACAUAUAGCAAGGUCUACAUCAGAAAAAAAGAAGCAAUUGACAGUGCAAUUAGUGAAGAAUUGUACAUAA